GCCCCUGUGUGACCGGCCGAGCCGGCCCUCUCUGGCUCUCUAGUAGUUUCCGCGGCGCUGACGCAUGCUUGCGCACACAGCCCAGCCUGGCGCGUCUCACACAGCAGCCGCGAGCCGGGCUGCGGGUGCCAGGCGGUUUCCCCGCGGGGGGCAGGGGCGGGACUCCCGGCAGAGGAGGUGCGGCCCCAGCCGGGUCAGGUUGGGGACUCCAGAUCUGUGUGCUGGAGUUAGGGGGUUCGGGUAGGGCUACCUCCGGCCUGCGGGACUAGAUAAAGGCUGCGAAGGCGCCUAGUCACCGGCUGCAGGCGCGGCUCCCCGGGCCUGCUGCCACCUCGCAGUGCGUCCUUCCCGCCGGGGGCUGCGGCCUCAGCGAGCCGCCGUGCCUCUGUCAGCCUGACCCUUUCUCUCCUGCAGCCCUGAGGAGGGCCGCCUGACGGCUGAGUUGCCAUGGCAUCCUACUACGAGAUUCUAGACGUACCGCCGAGUGCGUCUGCUGAUGACAUCAAGAAGGCGUAUAGAAAGAAGGCUCUACAGUGGCACCCGGACAAGAACCCGGAUAAUAAGGAGUAUGCUGAGAAAAAAUUUAAGGAGGUGGCAGAGGCCUAUGAAGUACUAUCUGACAAGCACAAACGGGAGAUCUAUGACCGCUAUGGCCGGGAAGGGCUGACAGGGGCAGGACCUGGUCCCUCACGACCAGAAACUGGUGGUAUGGGACCUGCUUUCACAUUCACCUUCCGUAGCCCUGAGGAAGUCUUCCGGGAGUUCUUCGGAAGUGGAGACCCUUUUUCGGAGCUCUUCGAUGAGUUGGGUCCCUUCUCAGACCUCCAGAAUCGGAGUACUGGACGAUCUGGCCCUUUCUUCACCUUCUCUUCCUCCUUUCCUGGCCAGUCUGAUUUCUCGUCCUCGUCUUUCUCCUUCAGCCCUGGGGCUGGUGCUUUUCGCUCUGUUUCUACAUCCACCGCCUUUGUCCAAGGACACCGCAUCACCACGCGCAGAAUCAUGGAGAACGGGCAGGAGCGGGUAGAAGUGGAAGAGGAUGGACAGCUGAAGUCGGUCUCAAUCAAUGGUAUCCCAGAUGACCUGGCACUAGCCUUGGAGCUGAGCCGUCGUGAGCACCAACCUUCAGUCACCUCCAGGUUGCGGGUCCAGCCGACCCCUCUCUCCCGUCCCUCUGACAUCAACCUUUCUGAAGAUGAGGACAUGCAGCUUGCCAUGGCCUACAGUCUAUCAGAGAUGGAAGCAUCUGGGCAGAAGCCAGCAGCCUGCCCUGGCCAUAGGACUAGGCAGAGAUGUGUUCUGAGCUGGAUAUCCUGGAUACAGAGUUGCUGCAGUUCCAACAGGACAGCGCCCUCCCCAAUGUGCUAAGAGGGAAUGCUACAUUCCUCUCCCUCACUUAAUACUGAGUGUAGAGGGGGGCCUGGGUGGUGGGUGGGGACCGAGUGGGAGGCACCUGUAGUUUUAGCCUCUGAACUCUCUCCCCCAGGGUGCUUAGGGCUGUCUCUUGCGGAUUACAAAUCCCAGAGUGCAAUGCACCCUGGCCUCAUUUCUGAUAGGUCUUAUCCCACGGGAAGUGGUGCUCAGUUAUAAAGCUGAGCUUUCUGGGAUGUGUAGUUUCAACCCUGGCCAGUCUGUCACUCUCUGAAUGGGGAGAUCUUGUCUUUUUAUCUUGUCCCUGGCAGGGGGUGGUGAGAGUUGUAGAUGAAGGAGAAUAGACCAGAACAUUAAUUCCUGUGACACCACGUCUUGCUAGAAGUGGAAUGAGGUUGGAAUGAGCAGACCAGAGUCUGUUAGCAUCUGAAAGAGGUGGUUUUCUCUUGGGCAGCCUGGGGUCCGAAGAAUAAGCUAAUGGGGCACUGGGCUGAGUAGAUAGGGCAUGGUCCUGGAUGGCUGUGGGCUGGUAGAAGGAAGGAGAGAAGGCUGCCUUGGCUGGAGUGUGUAUGGCGAAGAUUGGCAUGCAGAGGGAGUGUUGGACAUAUCGCUUGAAUGGCUUUCUUUGGCCUCUGACCUUGCUGUCCAUUCUUUCUUAUCAUUCAUCCUCCAUGAGGCCACCUGUCCUGGGGAGCCCAAGGGUAGCAAGGGGAUUGGUGGAACGGGCUCUGGCCCACCUUUGAAACACUGAACCUCUGACACCCAUCAAAGCUGGAAUUCAGACUGAGGGAAAAUGGAAACAAAUAAAGCUGAGUUUUGAGA